CGCUCUGAUUGGACAAGCUCGCGUCAAUCAAGAGCAGGUUUGGUUGCGGCGUCGGUUGUUGAUGUCGCUGUCAAAAGUCAGGCUGUCCGCCACACUGAGAGCAGCUAGCAGGUAGCGAUGCAGUUCCUGGGCCGGCUGCUGGACACCGUCUCCUCCGUGUCGACCCUCUUCACCAACCCUUACCGGGUCAGAGACGUCCAGCUGUCUGAUUAUGGAGGAGGAGGCAAAGUUCGGCUGAAGGAGGACGGACGCAUGGUCCUGUACAAAAACACACAAUGCCAGUCAUGGGACUGCGUGCUCCUGUCCCCCGAAACGCCCACUGUGGCCCUGAGGCUGUUUCAGGUGGGGUCAGAGGAGGAUGCCAUGAACUGGUUCCCGCAGUUCGCCCUCAAGCUGCGACCUUUCUACGAGAGUCUGACCCUGAAGGCCGACACGGUGCAGACCAUCGUGGACUGCAUCCGCAACCAUCCUGACUGGAGCUCUGCUCACAUCGCCGUGGAGACGGGCAUGAGAGAGUGCCUCAAACACAACUACGUUCAGAGCCAGAUCAACGCGCGGGACGCGUCGGGCCAGACGCCUCUGCACCUGGCGUGCGAACGGGGCGACCUGGCGUGCGUGAAGGAGCUGCUGGACGAGAGCCAGGCCCGCACCGACAUCAGGGACCAGAAAGGAGAAACCCCCAUGCACUACGCCUCCAAGCAGGAGUCUCCCGUCAUCAUUCAGGCUCUGUGCUCACGGCUGUGCUCAGGGGUGAACGAGCUCAACAGCAACGGAGAGACGCCGCUCCAUGUGGCCUGCCGUCUGGGCCGGGUGGAGUCCGUCAAAGCCCUGCUGGAGGGGGGGGCCAAGUGCGACACCAGGGGCAGCACAGGAAACCCCAUCCACACCGCCAUGAAAUACAGCGAGAAGGGCUGCGUGGAGCAGAUCCUCAAAGCGGAUCCGUUCCAGCUGCAGGCCGAGGACUGCGUGUACGGAGGGACGCCGCUGCACUGGGCCAAAACUGCCGAGAUGUGCCGCCUGCUGCUGGACCGCGGCUGUGAGAUAAACUACCUCAGUAAGACUGGUGAGAGCGCCCUCCACGUUCUGACCAAGAAGGGCCGCUUUGAGGCCGCCAUGGUGCUGCUGACCCACGGGGCCAACGCCAACCUGAAGGGCCAGGACGGAAACACGGCCCUGCACCUCGCUAUGAAGAUGGACCACAUGGAGCUGAUUAAAGGUUUGAUCGUGUUUGGCGCCGAUGUUGAGAUCCACAACGACCUGGGAGAAACACCGGGGCUGAUCGCAGCUCGCACCAGCAAAGGUCCUAAUAGAAGGAUCCUGCUGGACAUGCUGUGUAGUGUAGGAGUCCAGCGCUGCCUUCCUCGCUCCCCCAGCAGCCCUCCUCCUCUUCCUCCUCCUCCAGUCUCAAACAAGACCAAGCCUCGAGCCAUAGGGUUUGAGGACAUUAUGUACGUCGGGGCUGCAAUAGGAGCAAUUGGCAAAUCUGAAAUUGAUGGACAAGUGAUGGAGAAAAAGAAGAUAGACAGACUGCUGUGUCUGGACGGUGGCGGUAUCAAAGGCCUGGUUCUGAUCCAGAUGCUGAUCGCCCUGGAGAAGGAGGCGGGUCGGCCGACCAGGGAGCUCUUCGACUGGGUCGCUGGGACGAGCACCGGAGGCAUCCUGGCUUUAGCAAUAAUCCACGGUAAGUCCAUGGAGUACCUGCGCUGCCUGUACUUCAGAAUGAAGGAGCAGGUGUUCAGAGGGUCCAGGCCGUACGAAUCCGCACCGCUGGAGGACUUCCUGAAGAAAGAGUUUGGAGAGAACACAAAGAUGACGGACAUCAGAUUCCCAAGGGUCAUGGUGACCAGCGUUCUGGCCGACAGACAUCCAGGUGAGCUCCAUAUCUUCAGGAACUAUGACCCUCCGUCUGUCCGCAGAGAGCCCUCCUACACCACCACCGCCACCUUCAAGCCUCUCACCAUCCCACAAGAACAACUCAUAUGGAGAGCCGCCCGCUCCAGCGGCGCCGCACCCACCUACUUCCGACCAAUGGGCCGCUUCCUGGACGGAGGGCUGUUGGCCAAUAACCCAACGCUAGACGCCAUGGCAGAAAUCCAUCAGUUCAACAAGUCAUUAAAAGCUGAGGGUCGUGAAGCAAACAUCAAGAAACUGGGCAUAGUUGUUUCUCUUGGAACAGGCAAACCUCCACAGGAAGUGGUGACCUCCGUGGACGUUUUCCGACCCUCUAACCCUCUGGAGCUGGCCAAGACGUUCGUAGGCGCCAAGGAGCUGGGCAAAAUGUUGGUGGACUGUUGUACGGACUCUGAUGGCUGCGCCGUGGACCGGGCCAGAGCCUGGUGUGAGAUGAUCGACACCAUCUACCACAGACUGAGCCCCCAGCUGUCUCAGGAGGUGAUGCUGGACGAAGUGAGCGACAAGGUUCUGGUGAACAUGCUGUGGGAAACGCAGAUGUAUCUGUUUGAGAAACGGGAAGUGCUCCAAUCCCUGGCGAAAACGCUGCUGUGAGGCUGACGGGAGAAAGAGACGACAGAGAGGGGCCACAGAUAGAAACCUAUGAAUAUUUAACAAGCUACAAGAACAACCACUAUUCUAAAGAGAGACAACGAUUCUUGGUGCUUCCUGAAGGCUCUGUGCAAGAACAAACCACUGAAACUUUCGACUGAAAUAAGUGUGAAAGGAAGUUUUAAACCUGACAGAAAUCUGACACUGAAAGUAACUUGGCAUGAAUUUAUGAAGAGGAGAGACGAGUAGCACUGACCUUAUAACUGACUGUGUUUUCUGCUUUCUUCACCAGGUUCACAGUUUUUAUAUAAACUACUGGAGAAGUUUACAUAAAAACUUCCCCAGUAUAAAAACUUUCCACAGAUGUAAAAACACGUCCCUCUGUUGUAAGUGUUUUUACAUCUUACAAUGGAGGAAGUGGUUAAAAACAGAAUCGGACACAGAAACUGCUGCUUCCUUCUCUUGAAGACAAACAAUUUAAGCGACGUUUUCAUUUACCCUCACAUAUUCACACAUCCAUAAAACCAUUCGAGUUAGAGGUUUUGUUUCUAAAGAUGGUUACUUUAUCGUCUAAAGUAACCACCGGAAACCGCUGGAGGUUAUUUUCAUUACCCAUGUAGGGCAGCUGUGAAGACUCACCAGAUCUGACUUACACGUCCGUAAUGUUUUCUUUCCACAUAUCAUCCUUUGUAUUCAUUUAUAGGUCAUUAAUAUUGUUGUAUUAUUUAGACGCACUCCUACACUCCUUACUGCCUAUUUCCAAGUGUUUUCUGUCUCCAUAAUGUGAACUGGAAACUUUUGCAGAGAUUUAAAUGUAACAGAUCAUGUGACCUGCUGCUACUUGCAAACAUAAAAAAGGCAAAUAAUGAUUUUGUAUCGUUUUUUUUUCUUUCUAUCACUUAUUGAGGUGUUUACUUACAUGGUAAUAAAUUUUAUUACUACUGGCA